AUGGGUGAUAAUCAUGAUGAUAAUGAUAAUGAAGAUGAUAAUGACGACGAUGAUGUUGACAAUGAUGAUGAUGAUGUUCACGAUAAUGCUAGUGAUGAUGCUGACGAUGACGACGACGAUGAUGAUGAUGACGACCAUGCUGACGAUGAUGAUCAUGAUGAUGAUGCUAAUAAUGAAAAUGACGUCGCUGACGAUGAUGAUGAUAAUGACAACGAUCAUUCUGACAAUGAUGACGAUGAUUAUAAUAAUGAUGAUCACGACGAUGAUGAUAGUGACAAUAAUGCGGAAAAUGAUGAUGAUGAUGAUGAUGAUGAUGAUGACGUCCUUAAAAAAUUUGUUCUCUGGUGAAGAAACUCCGAAGGUCAUUAAUUGGCUAUGGCGACGUUAAAAUUGGUGAGUAUCAGAACAGUAAUCUUUGUUCUUCUUCAAUGCCUGACUGCUCUCCAGUCGUCUCUCUUCUCUCACUCAAAUAUCAACGAUGGAGGCGCGUGGAACAUCGCUCCCAUGCAUGUUGUAAUAUUCUGUCUCCCGCGACCGUUCCAUUACUAAGAGGGUCAAGAGAGGCGGGUGGGAAAGGUUCAGCUUCUAUAGGGUAAACGCAAAGGUCUGAAAAACUGCAGCGGGAGGAGUGAGGGAAAGCUACGAUUUGAUAAUAUAAUGUGUCCCACGUUAAACUAGAGGUUUUCAUUUGACUCAGUCGUCAGCUGUCCCUGCUUUACUUAUUAAAGCUGUGGACUGCAAAAGAAGGACAAAAAACGAAACCUUGCGAUUCAAAAUUCCAUCAAAUGGAUUAUUUUGCCAUUGAUCGCACUUGCCUCUAAGAUAAAAUUAAGGCUCUAUGUUCUGAAAUACGCGACAAAAAUACUCUGCAGCAAUAGCAAAAAAAAGAUUUUUCUUUAAAAAUCAAGCUAUUGACGUAUCUUCUGUUUUCGUCCCAACAGCUUCCAGCGUGGAUGUAUUCAUACAUCAUAUUGGAGGAUGAGUGUUGA